UACUACAGAUGUGCGCGCACCUCGCACUUUUUGGCAACUCCAAUUCUAGCCAUUUCAUGCGCUGGAAUGUGCGGAUUUGAACGUUCGUUUGACGCACCUCUUUUCGGGGCGUAAUUAGUACUUGCAGAUAAUCCAUCCAGGUAGGCUACUAAUAUCUCAGCAUGAAGAAAAUUGAAAUUACACUGCAAUGUAGACCUAGAUAUCCUGUCACAAUUCGCUUGUAUCCAGGUCGUGGUUAUUCCUGAACAACACCCGUGGCUUGAUCCGUUACCAGUCCCCCUGCUCCCACUCCUUGCUUCAUCAUCAUACCGCGGUGGGCUCCACAUCUGGAAACAUCUCCAUGUGUCCCGCGCUCUCCAUAUCCGAAGGAAAAGGCGCAAUCCGGUGCUUCAUUCGAUAAAGCAUCACCGUCACCAUUGUGAGGAGAAACAAUAGUAAACAGACGAAAAGUCCGAGGUAUGUGGACAAACUUGGCAGCUCAGGGUCCAGGCGUCCGAGUGUCUUUGUUGUGGUGGUGGUCCAGAUGUUUUCAUUGAAUGUCAGGUUUUGUGCAGAGCUCCCAGCGUGCACCUUAGGAGUCGGGUCCAAGCACUUCCACCAGACUAUGCUGUUCUCGUCGAUGAUCAUAUUAUCCGACGUCUCCUCCUGCAGUUCCCACAAAAACAAAAGUCAUUCCAUGGCAGAGGGAGAAGACACUUGCUUUAAAUCCAACAGGAGGCAGUUUCCAUUUCCCAAAUUCAUCGUCUUUACUGCCUCGUUCGGAGGCAGCGCAUAACUGCGCCCGAGGCAACGUUUAUUUGAACAUAUCCUUAGUGUCACGCCCCUCAGAUAGAGCCAAUUGUAUGCGACACAAAAUCGUUAAAUAAUAAUGGACGGGAGUGGAUGGAUAGCCUAUAAAACAGCUAUUUUCAGGUCCAGCCUGCCUCAUUACCUGGGUCAGAUGUGUUUAUUGUGUGAGAUGACGUCACGUCGCGUGUGUUGGGGGCAGGGAUGGGAUGGGAAUGUAGGCUAUGCCUAAUUGUACCUUUUUUCAUAACAUUGCCAUGGUGAAAACCAAUUGAUUUUAAGUAUUUAAGUAAGACCAUUGGUGCCGGUAGCACUGCAUGGUGCCUUCACCGUGUCACAAAAAUGUCAAAAGUGGGCUCACAUAUACUAAAUAGUCGAGUCUUCCUCCAUCUCACCUACUAAUGUAUUAUUUAAAGUCAAAAGGAAUACUUGGUUGUGGUUAAUAUUAAUGAAAAUGGGAGGGUUGUGGGCAAGAACGCGCAACAUUGAUGCUUGGUGCAGUGGUGAAUUUGACCCAAAUAACUGGUUCUGGAAUGUCACAAAACCAACAACUGCCACCAGAUCCUGAUUUCAUAGACGAGACGGUGAUUUUUGUACAAAGAGUGAACGUGUUAUUAUUGUCCACAUCACAUCUGGACCAGUUUGGCUUUUAGAACAUUUCCCGGAUUUUGGCUUAAAAUAUGAGAUUUUCCCGGAUUUUGGGAGCUCAAAGUUGACAGGUAUGUAUCUGGUUGACAACGAGACUAUGGUCCCUUUAAAAUUCCUCGGUUGUGAGCGCGUGGAAACCGUUCCAAAAUUACCACCACAGAGCCGCUCAAAUUACUGGCUUGCAAUCUCGGAUACAUCCCACGAGGUGGCGUAACAACGGCUCCAGGCGUCGUGCGCACAGUUCUUGCGGCGCAGCCCGUGCCCACAGUGUGUCCCAGCCGAAGAACUCGCGGCAGUCUACUCCGAACUUCCAUUGGAGAGUGUUCCGUCGCCGUGGUGGUCUCAUAUUUUCUGCGCAUAGAACUCUGCGGAUUAUUAUGAAAACAUGUCGGUGAAUGAGGUAUCCUACGUGUUUCGACCGUUCAAGCUGAUCGCUUUACUUUGCGUGUUCCUGGCAUUGUGUUUGGAUAUUGUGGCACUUCUGAGCAAUGCCUGGGUAACGGCGGAUCACUUUUCUCAGUCGCUAUGGAAAUCUUGCACUGAAUCGGCGACAACCUGGACAUGCACGUCCACUCUCACGUCUGACUGGCAGAUUGCCACACUGGUGCUGCUGCUGGCGGGGGCGGCCGUGACCCUGGUGGCCUUCCUCUUCGCCCUCAUCUCCCUCUGCAUGGGCACCCACAGGAAACACUACCGCACCGUGGCCGUCUUCCUCCUCACCGCAGUGGUCCUCCAGGCCUGUGCCUUGGUGCUCUACCCAAUCAAGUUCAUCGACAGCACGGCCCUGCAGACGUACCAUGAGUUCAACUGGGGCUACGGGCUGGGCUGGGGCGCCACCAUCUUCAUGCUGGGCAGCGGCGUGCUCUUCUGCCUCCGCACGGACAUGUACGAGGACGCCAUGUACUGAUACUGGACUGGACAUGUAUACACACAUGCACGCAAGCACACACCCACGCCAUGUACUGAUGAUACUGAACACACAAGCACACAUACACACGAAGACGCCAUGUACUGAUGAUACGGGACUGGACGGGACUGCACUGAGUCCCUCUGUGGCUAUUACCCAUGCAUACACAGACUCAGUCUAUCAGACAAACACACACACACUCGCACAUGCACAUGCACACACACACACAUAAGCACUGUACUGAUACUGGACUUCACUGCACUACACUGAGUCCCUCGCUGGACAUCACCCAUGCAUACACAGACUCUCUCUAUCCGGCAAACACACACACACUCACACACACACACACACACAUGCACACACACUGACUCACAUGCACAGAUACUGGACUGGAGACUAUACUACAAAGCUGGUUCAGGAGUAAACCAGGUUAAGUUAAGAGGUAAAUCACCUAAUAGAAGAGCCUGGAGUCCUCAUUUUCUGAAGAACACACAGGCCUUCAGGCUCUUCUAUUAGAUGAUUUACCUCUUAACUUACUGGGCUGGACUUCACUGAGUCCCUCGCUGGAUAUCACUCGUGCAUACACAGACUCUCUCUAUCAGGCAAACACACAUGUGCGCACACACACACCCAGACACAUACAUGCAUGCACGCACACAUGCACACACACACACACACUCAUUCACAAACACACACACACACACACGUCCAUGCACACACGCAAACAGGGCUGCUGAUAGCUUUGGCAGGGCCCAGGACAAAGUCAACUGAAAGGGCCCCUCCAUCCACCCAGUGCAGUUUAGUGUAAUGAGAACCCAAUUUUGGGGCCAAACGCUCUCUGGGCCCGGGGCAACAGAUCCCGUUGACCCCCAAUGUUGGAUUCCCUGCAGACACACAGACACACAGA